AUGGCGCCGUUCCGCAAGUGGCACGUGGAGUUCGAGGAGGGGGGCGGGCGGCACGUGGCCGACCCGCCGGGGUACUCCGCCACGGCUCGGGACUCUGGGUCCGUGACCUCGACGGCGGAGAAGCGCAAGGCCAACGAGACGGCCAAGCGGCAGGCGUUCCUGAUGGCCAAGGCGCGGGCGCCCUUCAAGCAGGUGGCCUUCAUGUGCUUCAUGAUGUACAUGAGCGGCACCAGCAUACAGAUCUUCAGCCUGAUGAUGACGAUCAGCGGGAUUGCGGGGCCAAUACAGGCGAUGCUGAAGUCGGGCGAAGUGUUCCCUGCCGAUCCCCAGGGCAAGUUGGACACCUUCAGCCCCCGCGUGGUGUACUGCAUCAUCCAUGCUGCACAGCUUGGCUUUGCCCUCAACAGGCUGAAUGCAAUGGGCCUGAUGCCGACCCAUGCAUCCGACUGGGUGUCAGCCCUUGCUGUUCCUCGUGUUCAGGAAUUUGCCAGUGGGGGGGUGGGAUUGGAAUAG